AUGGCGGUGGUGGCGGCGGAGCUGAUCCGCGAGGUGACGGAGGCCGACCAACGCUUCGAGGGCCUCCAAAAGAAGCUGACCGCUGUCUCGGAGAAAGUGGAUGACAUCGAGCACCACAUGCAGGACAAACACCAGCAGCUGAGUGAAGAUCUGCAGCAAGAGGUUAGCGACCUUGGGCAAGAGUUCCAGGCCUCCCACGCAGAGCUCAAGGACAACUUGACGGGUGGCAUCGGCUCCCUCGCGGCACACAUCGAGUCCGAGCACGACGUGCUGGCCGGGAAGCUGAACCAGACCGCCGGUGCAGUUUCCGGGGCCAAGGACGCGGCAGAGCAGUUGAAAGGCUCAGUUGGUGAGUUGGGGCAAAGCGUCAGCUCUCUCGCUGGGAAGGUUGGCGACCUCCAAGGAAACACAGCGGCUCUGAAGGGAGCUGUGGACGCCACUGCCGAUGUCAUUGCCGACGCAGGCUCGGCCGUGAGAAUAACGCAGACUGUAGCGCAGACCAUCAAUGCCAAGCUUCGUGGCCCGGAGUCCUGCUGCAGCGCCGAGGAUGCCAAAAACGUGCUCAUCAUCCAGAGCCCCAGCGCAAGUGCUGCCAAGACCUUCGACCGCCUUGGGUCCAUUGUUGCCGCGAAGGGUGGCAACGCCUUCAAGAAGCUGCUGAGUGACGUGACCGUCGAGGAUUUCAAAGGCGUGAGCACGGUGAUUUUCUCCCCGCAGGGCGCUGCAGCUGACAGUGCCAUGCGGGCCCGUCUUGUCACCGACUGGUACAACUACAACAAGUGCGGUGUCCUUGUGGUCUUGGCGGAGCUGGCCACAGGCUCAGACCCGAACGACGCCGCGAACCUGGCCAACAGUGUCCUCGAGAGUCUGUCUCCUUCCACCGAUCUGCGCGUCAGCGCGAACCAACUCGGCCCAGAUGCUUGCGCAGCUGACCAAAUCGAAGCAUAUGGAGCCGACCCCUUUUUCACGGCCGCAGUGUCCGGGCUCAUGUCCACCUCGAGCAAUGAGGUGCUUGGUGGGGGCCGGGCCCUGCUCAACAUCGGCAGCAAAUCCAUUGCGCGCCUGGACCACACAGAUCGGCUGCUGGUGAUCGGCGAUGACGAUUUCCUGAACGACGAGUGCUAUGCGUCGUGGACCCAAGGCCACCGCGUGUAUUGGGGCUAA